AUGGAUGACUGCAAUCGUAAUGUGACCGAUUGGGAGCUCUGCGUUAUCUGCCAAGAAUCAAACAAGGAAGGACUUCAGUGCCCCGCGGACUCAAGGCGAGCAGAUAAAGGUGCAGGCUAUAAACCACUUGCAGACAAUUUGAAACAGUUUGCUGAUCUGGGUUACAUGCCCAAGGACGUAGAUUUAUCGCGACUAGAUGAAGGCGACGGCAUUGCGGCUGCAUUCUUCAAACAUAGGGCCCGCUAUCACAAAAGUUGCUAUGCUCUUUUUAACUCGACAAAACUGAAACGAGCCCAAAAAAGAAACUCUGAAGCCCCAGACGAGCCGCCAGCUGGCGGAAAGUUUACUCGCUCAAAUGCAUUGGCAUACACAAAGGACACUAGUCCAUCUUGUUUUUUAUGCGAAUCUGAUAAACAACCACUUCAUAGGGUUUCGACCCUUAGUCUCGAUGCUAGAGUUCGGGAAUGCGCAAAUGUACUGAAUGACGAAAAGUUGUUAGCUAAGCUUGGUGGCGAGGAUUUGAUCGCUCUUGAGGCGAGCUACCACGCCUCUUGUCUAUCUAUGCUGUACAGGAGUACAGAAUAUGCAAAAAGAGAUGCCGUGCGAGGAGAUGAAAAGCCACAUCGUCUAGAAGGUAUUGCCUUGGCGGAUCUCGUGACGUUUAUAGAGGAGUCGCGCACGAAUAGCGGGGGAGAGCUACCUACAUUUAAGCUAGCAGACCUAGCGAAGAUGUAUACCAAUCGCCUGCAGCAGCUAGGGAUGGAGAACACCGCAAGACCAAACAGUUCACGCCUUAAAGAACGUAUAAUUGCUCAGGUUCCUGAUCUCCAACCUUACAAUAAGGGACGCGAUGUAUAUUUGGCAUUUGGAGAGGACGUUGGGAAUGCACUUCACAAGGUCCAUAAAGAAGAUUCUGAUGAUGAGGCCAUACACCUUGCGAAGGCAGCUGCGAUUGUCCGUAAAGACAUACUUACAAAUAAGUAUUCAUUUAAUGGGUCCUUCGAACGAGACUGUCAACUGCGUUCUAUCCCAGCAUCCUUGUUAUCCUUUGUUAACAUGAUCCUGUAUGGUCCAAAUAUCAACGCUGAAGAGGGUAGUUUUUCAAAAGGGCAGGCUGCUCUUACCAUCGCACAGCUAGUACAGUACAAUACUUAUCUCCGUCGCCGUGAAGGAGAUGUUAAGAAGGAAAGGCGAAAUAAAUCUCGAGAGUCUCCGGUUCCAAUCUAUGUUGGAGUAUCUGUACAUGCCAAGACACGCUGCCGUGACCUCGUAGAAAUCUUACAUAAACUUGGAAUCUCUAUUUCAUAUGACAGGGUAUUGAGCAUCUCCACGGAUCUUGGAAAUGAAGUGUGUCGACGCUACUGGCAAGAAGGUGCAGUGUGUCCGUCUAAUCUUCGUCUGGGUCUCUUUACAACAGCUGCCGUGGACAAUAUUGAUCAUAAUCCGAGCUCAACAACAUCAAAAGAUUCCUUCCACGGCACAGGCAUUUCUUUGUUCCAGCAUCCAUCGGCAGUUACGCCUGGUACUGAACAAGCGCCGAUAAAUAUCGCAACAAAUGCUGAUAGCGAGAAAUCGAUAAAAGAACUGCCAGCGUCAUACACAGAAGUCAUUCCGGUACAAGAAACUACAAGUAAAGCCCAGCCUCCAGCCAACGUAUCAGAGAUGAAGUCGGAUGAAAGCUCAUUUAAUCGCGGCUUUGAAGAUGAAUCCACAUGGUUAGAGAAGGCUAGCACUAUUGUGGUUAACCAAGAAAGUUUGGAAGAGAAAACCCAAGUCUCUUGGGCUGCAUUUCACUCUCACCAACCGUACUGUGUGCCUCCUUCGUCGGUUGCUGUUUCUGCUCUGUUGCCACUUUUUCCUGAUCAGGCAAAAUCGGUUGCAAUGAUAAGACAUGCCAUGAACGUGAUAAAACUGUCCGUAGAUCAUCUGAAUCCAGGUCAAGUCCCAGUCAUUGCCGUAGAUCAGCCAUUAUAUGCUGUAGCGAAAGAAAUCCAGUGGAGAUGGGCUAGUCAUUACGGCGAGGAUAAAUUCGUUGUAGUAUUCGGUGGACUCCACAUCGAGAUGGCGUUUCUGAAGGUGCUAGGAGAUUGGCUUGAGGGAAGUGGGUGGACAGUGGUCCUUUCAGAUGCAAACGUUGCUACGCCAGGAACUGCUAAUUCGUUUCUCAAGGCCACAAAUGUAACGCGCACUCGAAGGGCUCAUCAGGUGACAGCAUGCUCCUUAUUUAUUCUUCUAAAGAGAGCGUAUCAGAGGUAAAUAUAUCAUUUCAAUGGUAAAACUGGUGGGAAAAUCUUAAUGUUUUUAGUUAUAGCUGAGCUGCACAUUGCUGCUUUAACUAGCUUUACAAACACUUCACUCAAAUCUCAACAAGGUUAAGGAUCUUAACUUUCGGGGACGUAAUCCAGCUGGCUAAAGGUAGAGCGUGGAACAACUGCAUUCUGUCCUCGAGACUCUACAAAAGAAGCACCGAAAACAGCCAACAGAUAUAUUAGUUAAUAUCGAGUUUUGAUGUGAGCGCGAUAAGCAACCCCCUUGCGGCUCUGUAUAAAACUUCUUACAUGCAUGGCUGAUGGAAAUAAAAAGGGGUGGAUUUUUUUAUCCCUGUAUUGCCGUUUAAGGCUUUAAAAUAAGGAUAAUUAUGUUAUCAAUGGAUUGUUACAUCGUAAAACUUAUUGGUAAAAUGUUUCACUUGUGAUAGGUACGUAGAUGGAAUGGGUAAUGGUGCCCUUUCCUUUGACGAGUGGUGUAACCAUCAGAGACGUAAAGUACCCCAGUUUCAGUACUGGCAUACAGCCCUUCAACUGGAGCUUCUUCUCCUUGUUUUUCUAAAGUCGCUCCGCCUUGCUGACUUUGGCAUGUACGUAGAUGCAGUUUACAAGAUGCUUCCGUGGUUCUUUGCUUUAAACCAUACCAACUAUGCCCGUUGGCUCCUAUACAUGUACGCGAUAUGCGCGAACUCGACAGUAAGGCACCAGCAGUAGCAGAGGCAUUCAAGCAGGGUUUGUUCACCGUCACAAAAACCCGUCGAAGAUUUUCUUGUAUAGCUAUUGAUCAGGCCCACGAGCAGAACAAUGCUAUGGUCAAGGAUGACGGAGGGGCUGUGGGUCUGACAGAGAAUGCCAGCGCACUUCGCAGGUGGAUGCUAUCCGGUCCUGAGAUGGCACGGCUAGUCAACGAGUUCGAGGCAUGCAUGGCACCUGAAGUUAGACCUGGAACAAACAACCAUCAUGAAGCUGAGAGGGGUUAUCAAGCAGCGUACCACAAAGAUGUCAGGUCACUCGUGGAUGUACUUGACGACCUUGGGAACCCUUUUGAAGAAGAGGGCAAAGACCUGAUCGUGUUAGAUACAAAGGUGGUGGCAGACGAAGGAGGGGUAUCAAGAAUGCAGCAAAUAGAGGAUCUUGGCGUAAAGCAGUGUGACACGUUCAUUUCAGAGCGCCUAAUACAGCGGACGAAGCCUCUCGAUGACCCUAUUAGUAGAAACAAGCUCUCCUUCUUUGAAACUCCUUCCAAGAAGAAAAUUUCAAAGGCUCAACAGCAGCUUUCCUCUAUGAAAAGCGACUGUUCUCUUUUUUCACGACUGUUUAUUGCAUGCCAGAGCAGAAAUGGUAACUUGGAUGAAUUUUUUAAACAUGAAAAUCAAGCAUGCCCCCCAUCGAUAUCUGAUCAAGGAAAUUUGCGCCUCCCUCGACAAAAGUCUGAGUUAGCCUCUUGUCUUCAAGCUCUAACUACUCCCAAGAAUGCAGCCCCAGCCAAUUGUGAAGUCAUUAUUAUGGACGGAGCAGCACUGGUAAACAUGCUUAAGCCCACGGGGAAAGAGAAAACAUUUUCCGAAUAUGCCUCAAAUAAGUUUAUUCCUUAUGUCACCGCUCAGCUUCAACAUGUGAAACGCAUUGAUAUUGUCUGGGACGAAUACGUGGAGAACAGCUUGAAAGCAACAACUCGGAGCAAACGUGGAUCAGGAGUACGACAACUAGUCGCAGCUAAUAAUAAGCUUCCAAGAAACUGGAAAGAAUUCCUUCGUGAAGAUCGGAACAAGCAGGAGCUCUUUAGAUUCCUUGCGCAAUGCGCUACUUCUGUUCACUCGGGUCAGAGACAGAUCAUCUCUACGUAUGCAAGAGGCGUACUGACGAGCCUUCCACGAGAUGACACCUCCAGCCUGGCACCAUCCUCACAUGAAGAAGCCGACACAAGAAUGUUUAUCCAUGCUGCUGAUGCUAUCCAAUCCGGCUUCACCAAGAUCAUUGUUCGUAGUGUUGAUACUGAUGUCUUAGUACUGGCCGUGGCUCUGGUACAGAAGUUACAGGCGCUUGCUUCAGAGAGCAUCCAACUCUGGGUGGCAUUUGGUACUGGGGAACAUCUUCGCUACCUUGCAGCCCACGAGAUUGCCAACAAAUUUAAUAACACCGCUGCACUUGCCCUACCUGCAUUCCACGCAUUCACGGGAUGCGAUACGGUGUCUUGUUUCUAUGGGAAAAGCAAGAAGACUGCGCUGGACACCUGGAAGAGUUUUCCAGAAGUCACCCCUGUGUUUAUCGCCUUGUCCAGAGCUCAAACAGAAAUAGCCGAAGAGUGGAUGUCAACCCUUGAACGCUUCGUUGUCUUACUUUAUGAUAGAACAAGCAGUUCUUCAUCUGUAAACGAAGCCAGAAAGCAGUUGUUUACCCGUAAGGCUCGAAAUUUCGACGCCCUUCCUCCGACGCGAGAUUCAUUACUAGAACAUGUCAAGCGUACUGCAUACCAGGCUGGCCACAUCUGGGGACAAGCCCUCGUGCCAAACCCACCUAUUCCUAGCCCACAAGAUUGGGGAUGGAUAUUGGAAAGUGGCGAGUGGCGGCCUUUCUGGACAACACUG